GCCCCCAGCAUGUCGGCGGCGGCCCCCGCUGCAGAGGGAGAGGACGCCCGGGCGCAGCCCGCGUCCGAGAAGGAGCCCGAAAUGCCGGGCGCCAGGGACGAGAGUGAGGAGGACGAGGAGGAAGAAGAGGACGACGACGAGGACGAGGAGGAAGAGAAAGAAAAGAGCCUCAUUGUGGAAGGCAAGAGAGAAAAGAAGAAAGUAGAGAGAUUGACAAUGCAAGUGUCUUCCUUACAAAGAGAGCCAUUUACAAUUGAACAAGGGAAGGGUCAGAAACUAUGUGAAAUUGAAAGGAUACAUUUCUUUCUGAGUAAGAAAAAAACAGAUGAACUUAGAAAUCUACACAAACUGCUUUACAACAGACCAGGCACAGUAAGACGUUUGAAAACAUCUUUACUAUGUUUUUUGAUACUUAAUACAUUUAAGAUGCUUUAUUAUAGAGCCAUAAUUUUAAAACUGUCACCUUGUUUUUUCCCUGCUUUCUGUUUCAGGUUUAGGAAUGCGAUGCUAAAGAGCAUCUGUGAGGUUCUCGAUUUAGAGAGAUCAGGCGUGAACAGCAAACUAGUGAAGAGGAUCUUGAAUUUCUUGAUGCAUCCAAAGCCUUCCGGCAAACCAUUGCCAAAACCCAAAAAAUCCUCAAGCAAAGGUGGUAAAAAGGAACGGAACAGUUCUGGAACAACAAGGAAGUCAAAGCAAACCAAAUGUCCUGAAAUUCUGUCAGAUGAAUCUAGUAGUGAUGAAGAUGAGAAGAAAAAUAAGGAAGAGUCUUCAGAAGAUGAAGAGAAAGAAAGUGAAGAGGAGCAACCACCAAAAAAGACAUCUAAAAAAGAAAAAGCAAAACAGAAAGCUGCUGCUAAAAGUAAAAAGUCUGUAAAAAGUGCUAAUGUUAAGAAGGCAGAUAGCAGCACCACCAAGAAGAAUCAAAACAGUUCCAAAAAAGAGUCUGAAUCUGAAGAUAGUUCUGAUGAUGAACCAUUAAUUAAAAAAUUGAAAAAACCACCUACAGAUGAAGAGUUAAAGGAAACAGUGAAGAAAUUACUGGCUGAUGCUAACUUGGAGGAAGUCACAAUGAAGCAGAUUUGCAAAGAGGUAUAUGAAAAUUAUCCUGCUUAUGAUUUAACUGAGAGGAAAGAUUUCAUUAAAACAACUGUAAAAGAGCUAAUCUCUUAAGCUAGAGGACAGAUGGCUUGUUCUAAGAUUUGAAGAUACGAUUUAUACCAGCAAAGAGAAUGUAUUUUCUUUUUUAAGUCUAUUGUUGGUAGAACUCGCUGCUGACCCUUUUGAGUGUUACAUAUAUUUGAGCUUGCUGUUUUAAAUUGCGUUUCCUUGCAGUUUUCAGUUUAAAGUCUUGCAUGGCAGUAAAUGUUCCUUGCUUUUUAUAGUUGUACGUUUUGGAUUUCUUUAUUGUAAGGUCAUAGAUUUCUGGACUGGACGAAUUUUAGUGCACUUAAUGUUAGCUUAA